GGUGCGGGUGGCGCUCCUGCGGCGGCUCAUCGUGCCCAUCUGGUCGAGCAUGCUUCACGUGGCACAUCCUGAGCCUCUGGUCGAGGCGUUCGGGGUCUGCGAGGCGCCGGGCGUGCAGCUGGUCGUGGAGGGCCCCGUCUCGGCAGGGCUUGUUCCUGGAGGGCGAGGCGGUGGUGCGCUGGGAUCGCCCAGCACGGAGUUCGGGAGCGGUUUCGACGUCGACUCCUAC